CUCAUCACUUCAUCACUCGCAGACAUGAUGUCGGGUGACUACGACAUUCCCCGGGCCUCAAGGAUUAAACUCAAAAGCACUGCCGCCGAGAUCGCAUCUAAAAUUUACGACCAGGAGCGCCGACGUGUUGAGAAGGAGCGCGAGCGAGUUGCUCGCGCAAACGGCUUGCCUUACGACCGUAAACGAAAGCGUGACGACGCGGCUCGCCGGCGGCGUGAGUACAUCGACGACAUGGACGAGGCCUUCGAGGAUGGCGGGCUGUUCGGAGACAUCUCAUUUGGCUCGGCUCUUCCCGGAUUCUCAAGUUCGAGCGGGCUGGGGGGCAUAUCUGGGUUGUUCUCCUCUGUUUUCGGAGAUCGGACGUCGCACGUUCGCGAUGUCUUUGAAGGGCCGCCGCCGAUGGGAAGCAUGGGACCCGAAGCGUACCGCGCCUACGUGAGGGAACAAUUUCGCACUGCGCAGCGAGCUCAAGACGUAGAAGAGGACAGGCGGCGUGGCACGGCGCGUCGCGAGGCGGAGGAGGCCGCGUACCGCGCGCAGCGAAUCGAGGAGGAGAGAGAGGAAAGAGAAGCGAAGCGCCGCCGCCGGGCUCACGCGGAGAAGGCCGCAAGAGAAGCGCAGGAUGCCGCUGCCGAGGCAGCCGCAUUGAGACGCGAAGAGGGACUGGAGCAGAGGGCCGAGCGCGCGCGCUGGCGGAAGCGAUGUACGGCACUUUUCGACAACGAAGUCGUCAGCGUGGAGCUCGGCUUCGCGGACAUCCCUUGGCCCGUAGCGGCCGCCAAGGGACGAGGAUAUAGCAUCGUGCUCAAUUCCGAGGACCUUACAACGGAUAACGUGAGGCGCUUCCUCUUCGCGCUGGCCGAUGACGAGGGUGGAGACCGCCGGAAGGUGCUCCGCGAGGCAAUCCGUUUGUUUCACUCCGACCGCUUCCACUCGCGCGUGCUGCCGCGCGUGAAGGAAAGUGAGCGCGAGCGUGUACGCGAGGGCGUUGAGGCCAUCGCGCGCGUUCUCACCGACCUUCUAUCGGCCACGUAGGCCCUGAUGGAUCGGACCGCGCGGCACGUUCGUCAACGGAUGUAUCUCAAUCCAAACCAGCCACCUCAAUAAUACCAGGCCUUUAUAAGGCCUCAGCUUGCGCAUACUGCUCCAGUGUUACCUUGCGUUGUCCACAGCGGCCUGCGCCUUUGUCACCGUCACCCCUCGCGGCCUGUACAUGUCAAAUUGAUUGAAUAGACGUCUGAAGAUGUUGCAGCUCUUGCGAUGAUGGG